UACCGUGCUCUGUGUUGAUAACAGACAGGCUCACACACGCCGACCCGAAUGCACAGCAGUUGCGUCCUCAGUCCGCGGAACGGAACGACACACAGCGAGCUGUGUCCAGGGCUUUAAGACUAUGAAGACCUGCGGGGGGAUUAAGUAUACACUGUUUGCCUGCUGCUAUAUUUUCUGGGUCUCCAGUGCUGUGUUGAUAUCAGUGGGUAUCUAUGCAAAAAUAGCGAAAGAAGGAGGUGCGGUCGACUCACUGACAGCAGACCCAGCUCUCCUGUUGAUAGUGGUCGGCUCUUUCAUGUUUAUCAUCACGUUUUUCGGCUGUUUUGGGGCCCUGAGGGACGCACUGAAUCUGCUGAACAUUUUUGCGGGGAUUCUGGUUGCCAUUAUUGUCUUGCAGAUUGCAGCUGCUGCACUCGGAUUCGUAUUUUCUGACUUGGUGCUGAUCAGAACAGAGGCUGUCAUGAGGAGAGGGAUCACCACAUACAGAGAUGACCUUGACCUGCAAAACCUCAUUGACUUUGUACAGAAGAAGUUUCAGUGCUGUGGGGUUAGCCAGUACACAGACUGGUCACACAAUGUGUAUUUUAAUUGUGUCGACUCGAACCCAAGUCUCGAGCGCUGUGGUGUGCCCUACUCCUGCUGCAUUAAAAACAAUGAGUCUAUCCUAAACACCAUGUGUGGGUAUGGUAUGCAGAGUUUUAAGGCCUGGUCUAUUGAAGACAAGAUCCACCUGAAUGGCUGUCUGAAGAAGAUUGGGACAUGGGGAAGACAGAACCUGCUUAUUAUUGGAGGAAUAACUACAGGGCUGUGCUUGCUGGAGAUUUUUAUGAUUACAUUGGCUGCAGUUCAGACCUACCAGAUCAAGAAAAUACGAGAGAAAAGGAGAAAGUCAACUGUGAGAAAAUCUAAUCCCAGCUAUAAAACUACUGUCAUGUGUUAAAACUUUGAGCAGAAGAACACACACAACACUGUAGACUUCUCUGGAUUGCUGUCGGGUGGGUCUGGGUAUUUUCCUAUAGUCCUCUGGAAUACUGUGUUCAUUUAUCUUUGGAGUCAAUUACUGCUUCUGUGGUAAACUAACCGGGCCUCAUAAAACAAGUUAAGAGCUGGAAGUACUGAAAUGAGAAGUCCUGCUAAAUGUAGGAUACUAACCUAAAAGUAAUUGUAACUAGCAAAAUAAUUUCAGAUGCAUUCGCUACAUAUAUUAGCUGUGUGUGUGUGUUUGUGUGUGUGUGUUGAAAGAAACAGAACUGCACAUCUGAGACCUACAUAAGGAAUGGAAGGGCACGGCAGGUAAUAUUUAUGGAAUUUAUCUUUAAACUUUAAUGUGAUGUGAUUAAUGACUUGUAAAUGUGAUUUUUUUUUUUUUUUAGAUUUUAAAAAUAAAUGUAAUACAUGCUUUUUAGUACUAGAGGUGUGGGAUCAAAUCCAGCUAGUCCGACCACAAGCUGUUUUUGAUUCAAACAGGAUGCAGGCUCAGGGAGGGCAAAAGCAGCCUUCCACCAAAACUGGAGCAGCUGUCUUCCUGUGUCAGCUGGGCAGAGUGUGCACUCAGGCAGGCUCUGCUGUAAGAAGCCGGGUGGAGUGUGCACUCAGGCAGGCUCUGCUGUAAGGAGCCGGGUGGAGUGUGCACUCAGGCAGGCUCUGCUGUAAGAAGCCGGGUGGAGUGUGCACUCAGGCAGGCUCUGCUGUAAGAAGCCGGGCGGAUUGUGCACUCAGGCAGGCUCUGCUGUAAGAAGCCGGGUGGAGUGUGCACUCAGGCAGGCUCUGCUGUAAGGAGCCGGGUGGAGUGUGCACUCAGGCAGGCUCUGCUGUAAGAAGCCGGGUGGAGUGUGCACUCAGGCAGGCUCUGCUGUAAGGAGCCGGGUGGAGUGUGCACUCAGGCAGGCUCUGCUGUAAGAAGCCGGGCGGAUUGUGCACUCAGGCAGGCACUGCUGUAAGAAGCCGGGUGGAGUGUGCACUCAGGCAGGCUCUGCUGUAAGAAGCCGGGCGGAGUGUGCACUCAGGCAGGCUCUGCUGUAAGAAGCCGGGUGGAGUGUGCACUCAGGCAGGCUCUGCUGUAAGAAGCCGGGUGGAGUGUGCACUCAGGCAGGCACUGCUGUAAGAAGCCGGGUGGAGUGUGCACUCGGGCAGGUGCCGCCCACAGUGUUAAAUACAAACUGAAUCAUUUAUUUAAAUAAACGCAUUAAGGGCAGAUAUGUACAUCUUACUAAACAAUAAAAACUCUUUGCUUGCAUGUGGAAAAACUCUUUCAUUUUGUCUUUACAAGAUGUACUGUAGGCUAAAUCCAGGUUUCAGCAGACUAUACAAUCUUUACAAUAUCUACUGCAGACUUUGAUGGGAUUUUAGAAUGAGAGAUUUAGACAGUCAAGGGAAGGACUGUGUAGGACCCAAUCUUCAUCUUCUUUUUGAAUAACCUGAUCUUGUAAAAUGUGGAAUUCCCAGGCUCAAUGAUGGCUGUGUAGCAUGGCCUUUCCAGAUGAUUACACCGUGUAACAAAUU